GUCCGCAUGCUUGCCGACUCAGCAGCGGAAUUCACCAAGGCCAUUGGUUUAGAACUUGAUGCAACUGGCCUCCUUGGGAACAUCCGAUCCAAGAGGUACUCCAUGUUGGUUGAGGACGGUAAGGUGAAGCAGCUGAACGUGGAACCGGAUGGAACUGGUCUCUCCUGCAGUCUGGCCGAGGGGCUGAAGCUGUAGUCUAUUAUGCUGCAGACGGUUUAGCUUUGUUCCAAUGGGUGUAAAAGCGCCAAAGCAUACAGCAGUUAUUGCUUAAACCAAUUUGUUGCCACUGCACUUUACCAUUAGAACACAAGAUGGUAAAUAUUUAGAAAUGUAUCAAUUGUAGAAUAUAGAAGAAAUUUAUUAAUUCUAGAACAUAGAAAAUUGACCAUGUCCAAUCAGUACUUGUAUCCAGUGACUGUUUUAACGUUGAAAUAUUUCGUAAUUUUCUCUUGGCGAGAAACUCGUAAAAUACCACCCUUCUACAUAAUUUUCUUUCUUUAUAACACUUGGCUAAUGACAUAAAAAAGGUGGGACAAGCAAUAGUCCUAUCUCCAUUCUGUAACAACAAAAGAAGAUAGAAAUAGUGGCUUUACUUGAUAAUGCUGUAACAGAUUCUUGAUGAUUGAUUACCACCAAAUAGUGACAUACACUUUAAUGGCCUUAUAUGACUAGCCAGAAAAAAUGACAUGGUUUUACUGCAACAUUAUUUUACUAAUUUUUCUUCAUGAAAUGUAUUCUGAGAUCAGUAUACAAUAAUAAGAGUGAAGGUAAAAUCUAAUUGGAAAUCAGUAUUCAUUUCAGUUACCUACUAAUGCCGUUUUUGUGUAUACCAAUGAUGAUGAAGCCAUAUCAAGUAGUAGAUUUCCAUUCAAUGUUUACAUUAUACCCUU